CAUUUUCUGCCAACGAAACAUUUUCGUUCGUCUUAUAUGUGCAAAUUAAACAUCUCUCAACUUCAUUUAAAUCUUUCACAUUAGGCUUAAAAUUUUGAAUAUUGGACGUUGUAUAUGACCUGCAGCCAUGUGUCCUUGCCACGAGUCUGAGUUGUAUAAACAUGACCAACUUUAACUCCUGGGAAGAAUUUGCUAAGGCGGCUGAAAAUCUUUACCUUGAAGAUCCGUCUAAAUGCCGUAUGUGUACAAAGUACCGACAUGUAGAUCGAAAGCUAGUAGUAAAAUUAACGGACGAUCAUACAGUAAGUAAUUCUAUUGAAAAAUAUGUUAGAAGGUGUUAAAGUACGUAACUAAUAUGGCUCAGGAUGUUAAAAAAGUUGAGAAACUGACCUCCCUGCUCAUGCGUCACAUGGCUUCCAAGGAGAAGUGACUGAACUGUGAUUAUCAUACAGAAUGACCGAGAUCGCUCAUUUGUGCUCUCUAUUUUCAUUAUCUUUUAAUUUGUACAUACUUUAUUGGUCUUCAUUUAUACCUGGCAUAUGUAUUUUUGGUUUUAAAGCUUUGUAAAAAUAGCAUAAUCAUAGGCUCACAUACUGACUUUUGAUUUCUGAAAUCCUAUUUAUCGCAUAUGCCUCAUGUAGACAUAAUUAUCACUAAACAUUAAAACGUUU